GGCCGAGUGGAGCCGAGCGCAGUCGAGCCGCGCCGACCCGGGCCGAACCGGGCCGGGCCGGGCCCAGGAGCGCGCGGGCGAUGCGGGCUGCCAGGCCGGGGUCGGCCGGCCCCUGAACCCCGCGCCUCGGGCCAGCGAGGGAGCCUCGCGCGGCCGCGCGCUCCAGCGGCCGGCCCGCCAUGGCCGGGGUCAGCUACGCGCCGCCCUGGUGGGUGAACCUCCUGCACCGGCUGCCCCACUUCGACCUGCGCUGGGAGAUCACCAGCAGCCAGUUCCGGCCCGAGGACACCGACUACCAGCAGGCGAUGCUGCUGCUGGGGGCUGCCCCGCUGGUCUGCCUCGCCCUGGACCUCCUCUUUCUGCUCUUCUACUCCUUCUGGCUGUGCUGCCGGCGCCGCAAGACCGAGGAGCACCUGGACGCUGACUGCUGCUGCACCGCCUGGUGCGUCAUCAUCGCCACGCUGGUCUGCAGCGCCGGCAUCGCCGUGGGCUUCUACGGCAACGGGGAGACCAGUGACGGCAUCCAUCGGGCCACCUACUCUCUCCGCCACGCCAACCGCACGGUGGCGGGGGUCCAGGACCGCGUGUGGGACACGGCGGCUGCCCUGAACCGCACAGUGGAGCCCAGCCUGCAGAGCCUGGAGCGGCAGCUGGCCACGCGGCCAGAGCCCCUGCGGGCGGUCCAGCGGCUGCAGGGUCUGCUCAAGAUGCUGCUGGGCUACACAGCUGCUAUCCCGUUUUGGAGGAACCCAUCUGUGUCACUGGAGGCCCUGGCUGAGCAGGUGGAUCUCUACGACUGGUACAGGUGGCUGGGCUACUUGGGCCUGCUGCUGCUCGACGUCGCCAUCUGCCUGCUGGUGCUGGUCGGCCUCAUCCGCAGCUCCAAGGGCAUCCUGGUUGGGGUCUGCCUGCUGGGGGUCCUGGCCCUGGUCAUCAGCUGGGCCUCACUGGGCUUGGAGCUGGCCGUGUCUGUGGGCUCCAGUGACUUCUGUGUGGACCCUGACACCUAUGUGACCAGGAUGGUGGAGGAGCACUCCGUGCUGAGUGGGGACAUCCUGCAGUACUACCUGGCCUGCUCGCCCCGUGCCUCCAACCCCUUCCAGCAGAAGCUGUCGGCCAGCCACAAGGCGCUUGUGGAGAUGCAGGACAUCGUGGCCGAGCUCCUGAAGACUGUUCCGCGGGACCACCCCGCCACCAAGGACCCCCUGCUCCGCGUCCAGGAGGUGCUGAACGGUACGGAGGUGAACCUGCAGCACCUCACUGCCCUGGUGGACUGCCGCAGCCUGCAUCUGGACUAUGUGCAGGCCCUGACAGGCUUCUGCUAUGAUGGCGUCGAGGGCCUCAUCUACCUGGCCCUCUUCUCCUUCGUCACAGCCCUCAUGUUCAGCUCUGUCGUCUGCAGCGUCCCUCACACCUGGCAGCAGAAGAGAGGCCCCGACGAGGAUGGGGAGGAGGAGGCUGCCCCGGGGCCACGGCAGGUGCACGACAGUCUCUACCGCGUGCACAUGCCCAGUCUAUACAGCUGCGGCAGCAGCUACGGCAGCGAGACCAGCAUCCCGGCCGCGGCCCACACUGUCAGCAACGCCCCGGUCACCGAGUACAUGAGCCAGAAUGCCAAUUUCCAGAACCCUCGCUGUGAGAACACCCCCCUCAUCGGGCGCGAGUCCCCGCCGCCCUCAUACACCUCCAGCAUGAGAGCCAAAUACCUCGCCACGAGCCAGCCUCGCCCCGACUCCAGCAGCAGCGGGCACUAGACUGCCCCGGCCAGCCACCGUCCCACGUGCCAAUCGCCCUGCUCCUCCCCGUGCCAGCACUGCCGCUUACACCCGUGGCCGCCCACCGGACCCUCUGCACGUAUGCCAGGCCCGCUACGGGCACCUCUGCAGCCACUUGCCCCUCCUCUCCCCUUCCUGCAGGGGUAUGGAGUUACCUGGCAUGAACCCCAGGUCAGUGGAGACAUGGGGGCUCUGGGCCUGCACCCUCUCCUUGGGUCACAUGCCUGGACACGUGGCAGCGCCACCACCAAAACCUGGGCCCUCCUGGCCCUCACCCCUCAUGCCCCUCUGCCUCUGAGGAUUUGGGUUCGCAGAGCCCUGCUCUGGGCCAGACACGACGGUGCUGUGUCUGCUCCGCUCCCUCUGCAGCACCCUGACCCUCCGGACCCCUGCAGUCUCAUCGCCUCGCCCCCCAGCCCACUCCUUCUCUCCUGCAGCUGUGACGCUUUUCCUGCACCCUCGAUGCUUCUGGGCAUCACUUCUUAUUCGCAGGCAUCACAGAGCCUGUCCGUGUCGGCAUCUAGGGGACGGCGGUGUGUGCCCGCCUGCUUGCCUCCCCAGCAUGGAGACUCCUGCGGCUUGUCCACGCGCCUCUCUCUGCAGUAUCUGGAGCUCCUUCCUUCUUUCGCCACCCCCGACCCCAAGCCCCCUCCCGCCAGCUGCCAGAAGCCUCCUCAGGGAGGCCCACUUUCUCUGCCUCCUGCCCAGCAUCGCUCUCUCCCUCAGCACCCGCCCUGCCCGUGGCACCCCGCCCUCUGCGGCGGCAGGAGGACAGCAGGUGCCACGCCAGCCCAGGCCGCUCACCCAGUGCUGGCCGCCUUCUUGGUGCCAAACCCUCUCCCCUACCCCAGAGACUUGGCAGCUCCGUCUGGGUCAUUUUUUGCACUAACCACGUUUGUCAUCUCUAGGGCAGGGAGCUGCGGGCCAAGUGGCACUGCCUUCUCGGUUCCCUUUCCAUCCAGGAUAGGCGCAGCGUCCCGGAGCCCGGCCUCGGGGGCUGGACCCGAGCUGCCCAAGAACGUGCCCUCGGCCCCUGCCGCCCUUCUUGGGACUAACCACUAACCUUACCCCAGCCUCCGCGGGCACCCCGGCUGACCCAGAGCCGGCGAGCGUGACCCCGAGUCCAGGCCGGAGACGAGGCCCAGGACAGCCGGCUGGGAGUCAGGCUGGAAUAGCCGUUUUUUCUUGGGGUGCUGCUGGGGGGGGGUGUAGACCGAUAGGCAGCCCGAGGGCCUGGAGACCCCUCUCCAGGGCAGGUGCUGCCCCAGGAGGACCGUGUCCUCAGGGACAAAUCCCUUGGGCUGUAGGACUGAGGUCCCUGCGGCCUUGGUCUCCCUACCUGUGAAGUGGGAACAAGGCUUCCCUAAGGUGCUUUUGGCUUUAGUGUACAAUGUUUGCUGUUUCCUGCCAAGGACGGUGGGGCUGCCCCCAAAUCAGGAUGGGGACUCCCCUGCCAGCCCCUGCCAGCCCUGGCCCAGCCAGCCUGACAUGGAGAGGCCGGAUGUGGGCCCUGGCCUUUGUGUCAGGCCAGGGGCAGCACAGGGCCACUCACAGCCACAUGUGAAGGCCUGCAGUGGGAGACAGGCGGCUGGCCUAGCAGUUUACAGACACGUGGGCUCUUCCUCCCAGAGCAGUGGAGCAGCACCCCCUCCCUGGGAUGGGCUGGGGGAGGCUGCCUUCCCUUCCUCUGUGAUCCCUCUUUCUUUGUGCUGGUGUCUGGGACCAAAAGUGUGGGUGGAGUGGGGGCCGGGCUGCAGCUGCCCCACCCCUGGGACAGCCUCUGCCCUGGGAGGAGUGAGUGGGCAAACAUGGGGGUGCCCCAGGUGGGCCUGGAGGCCCAAGCCUCGAAUCUGAGCCCCUGGGCAUGGCCAAACCUCACUGCAGGGACCUUUGCUCCAAGCCCUGGCUGGCCCUUGUUCUGGGACCCUACGGGGCCACAGGCGGCCUGCCCAGUCUCUCCUCUGGGCUCCACCUGGGUCAGGAGGGGGCGCCAGCAGUCCUGGCCAGGUGCCCGCAGUGCGUUCUGCCACCGCUCAGAAGCACAAACGGCUGCCCGCGGCCCAGGGAGGCCGCCGCAAUGUGAAUGUACAUAGCAUGAGAGGCGGGCGCUGCCGUCUCGGCGUCCCCCGUGCGUCGUGUGCGUGUGCCGCCCCGCCUGUGACUCCACCCGAGUUCCUUCUACUCGCCGGGGUUGGGUAAAGGAAAAGGGGAAAAUCAAAAGGGGUUCAAACCCAAGCCUCAGUCCGUGGAGGUGGGGCACAUCCUGCCAUUGGUUCUCUUUUUUUCUGGGUUUUUGGGGUCCUUCUAACCAUCCCCAUCCCAGUGACCUCUGCACAUCCACUCCCACCCUGCACCAGUGGGCCUUGCUCCCCUCAGGCCUUGCAGCAUCUUGGGGGGUGGUCCUUAACCAUGUGAGCGGUAGGGGUGCUGCAGGGGUCGGAGGGAGGGGCCCCAUCAAACCCACAGGGUCCAGCUGCACCGCCGGCUGCCCCCCCCACCCCCACCCCCGCCCUGACAGGCUGGG